AUGCCGGACUCACGCCCAUCGUCAAGGAGCACUUUCUCGAUCUCGGUGUUCCUCAUGCGCCUAAGGGAGCACAUCUGCGUGUUCUGUCUCGGCGUCGCGCGGUCACUCGGGUCUGGAAGGACACAUACUCGCUCGAUACCGCCCAUCGCCAAUGGAGGCUACAUGCUCGACUCCUAUCCCAAUCGCCAAGGAGCACAUCUCGAGAGACUGCCUCCCAUGCCGCCUAGAAGCGAGCACAUCUCGACUCCUCCCAUCGCCAAGGAGCACAUCUCGACUCCGCCCAUCGCCAAGGAGCACAUCUCGACUGACCGCCCAUCGCCAAAGGAGCAUCAAUCUCGGACCUCCGCCCAUUCGCAAGGAGCAACAUCUCGGACUCCGCCCGAUCGCCAAGGAAGCACAAUCUCGAACUUCACGCCCAUCGGGGCAAGGAGCACAUCUUCGACUCCUCCGGCAUCGCCAAGGAGCAGCAAUUCUGCGCUCCUCCGCAUCCUGCCUAGGAGCACAUGCUCGACUCCUCACGCUAUCCCAAGGAGCACAUCCGACUCAUCUCCCAUCGUCCAAGGAGCACAUCCUCGACUCCUUCCCAUCGCCAAGGAGCAACAGCACAUCUCUCGGACUCGUCCGCCCAUCGCCAAGGAGGCAGGCACAUCUCGACCUUCCGGCCCCUAUCGCGCCAAGGGAGCACACAAUACUCGGACUCCGCGCAUUUCAGCGCCAAGGAGCACAUCUUUCGACUCCGCCCCUUAUCGCCACAGCCAGCCACAUCUCCGACCUCCUCGCUCCAAUCGUCCUACGGAGCACAUAGAUCUCGACCUCCCCUCCCACCACUGCCAAGGAGCACGCAUCUCACUCUUCCCAUCGGCCACAGGAGCACAUCUCGACUCCGGCUCCGGUCCGCCGGGCGCAUCCCGCCCCCGUCCCGCCUUCGCGCUCCCGGCAGCCUCGCCAAAGGAGCAACAUCUCGACUGCCGCCCAUCGCAAAGGAAGCAACAUCUCGACUCCAGCCGCAUCGCCAAGGAGCACAUCUCGAUCGCUCCGCCGCAGUCGCCAAGGAGCAAAGCACAUCUCGAGCUCCGCUCCCAGUCCGCCAGAGGACACAUCUCGAACUUCGCUCCCAUCGCCAACCAGGAAGCACCAUCUCGACUCCGUCUCCAUCGCCAAGAGCACAUCUCCGACUCACACGCUCCAUCGCCAAAGGAGCACAUUCUCUUCGAACAUCGCUCCACGGCACUCCGCCAAGUGCACACAUCUCGACCUCCCGCCGCAUCGCACAAGGAGCAGCAUCUCCGACUCGCUCCCAUCGCCAAGGAGCCAUCAUCCUCGACUCCGCCCAUCGCCAAGGCCACACACCAUUCAUCGACUCCUCCUCCCACACCCGCCAAGAAGAGCCAUGCUCGACUCCCCCCAUCCGCCAAGUUGACACACAUGCUCGACUCCCUCACCAUCCUCGCGCUAGGGAGCAGCAUCUCGACUCCCCUCCUUUCAGGCCAAGGAAGCACAUCUCGACUCCGCCCAUGCGCCUAG